UGAUUGGCUGACAAUUUGGAGCUCAACACGGACUAACGAGAGCCAACAACACCUUCAGCGGAGGCCGCCUUCUCCGGAAAACUUGAAAAAUAUGGCGGUGGUAAGAGCACCUCCGACUACUACUGCUUUUCUAAACACCGUUGACCGUCGUCUCACUCCUGCCAACUGUCCGCCGCUCCGUCGUCUCACUCCCGCCAGAAAUUCCUCCAGGAUUUUAGCUAUGGCUCCCAAAAAGAAGGUGAACAAGUACGACAGUGGCUGGAAAAAGGAGUGGUUUGGGGCUGGGCUGUUCUUCGAAGGAAGUGAAGUAGUAGAAGUAGACGUAUUCAAAAAGCUAGAGAAGCGUAAAGUUUUGAGCAACGUGGAGAAGGCAGGGCUGUUGUCGAAAGCUGAAGAGCUAGGGUUUACUCUCUCAUCGAUCGAGAAAUUGGGGAUUCUGUCAAAAGCCGAGGAAUUAGGGCUUCUCAGCUUGCUUGAAACGGCAGCCGGAUUCUCUCCUGCAGCUUUGGCAUCGGCUUCGCUGCCAGUGUUGGUGGCAGCCAUUCUAGCAGUUGUACUAAUACCAGAUGAUUCCACCGCUCUCGUGGUGUCGCAGACCGUCCUAGCAGGUACGCUUGCCGCCACCGCAACCGGAUUGUUUGUUGGUUCGAUUGUGUUGGAGGGAUUACAAGAAGCUGAUUAGAGCUGUUCUUCCUUUGUAUCAUUUAUCAAUGAAGUUUUGUAUUGUGAAUACUCCAAGUUUGUUCUAAUUCAAAUUUGUUGCUAAGGUAUGUGAUUAUACACAUUGUAACUUUCAAUUAUGUGGAGGGAUUUUAUAAGGAAUGUUAAACAACUUUUCUUUUUACU